GAAGCCGUGGGUCUCGUCGGGUUUGAGCGGCUUCACAGCGGCUUUCUGCGCCGUGGACACUUUCUCACACUCGCCGACGCGUGGUGCCUCGCCUCUGCUCGGUCCGCCGUGACUGUGGGAAAGGGAUGCUCGUCCGGUAGAGUGGGAUUCCGAGCGUCAACAUGCGUGGACGUGGAAUAAACGAGCCCGACACGCAUCCAGCUGCUAGCAGCUAGCCGCCGUAGCUCUCUCCAGCACUCAUCCAGCCCUCCAGCCUGUGGGAGUCGAGCUAACCGUGGCUAACCAGCCACCACAGUCAUCCUCCGUGGAGACCUGACAGAUCUGAACCCCGGCUGCUGAGAUCCGCUGGUCGCUUGUGUGUGUGCGUGUGUUUGUGUGUGUGUUUUUUUUUUCUUUUCUUUACCGUGUGGCGUAGAGAGACAACAAAAUGGAGCUGUUUCAAGCCAAAGACGAUUACAUUCUUCAAAGCGGGGAUCGAGCCCUGUGGUGCAGCCGAAAGGACGGGACGAUGACCGUGAGACCUGCUACGGACCUGCUGUUGGCCUGGAACCCGGUGUGUUUGGGUUUGGUGGAAGGAGUCAUUGGAAAGAUACAGCUUCACACAGAUCUCCCUCUGGGCCUCGUAUUAAUCCGGCAGAAAGCGCUGGUUGGCAAUUUACCAGGUGACCACAAAGUCUACAAGAUCACCAAGAUAGCUGUCAUCCCUCUGUCCGACGAAGAGCCUCAGGAGCUGGAGUUGGAGCUUUGCAAGAAGCAUCAUUUUGGAAUCGACAAAGCGGAGAAACUGGCCCAGUCUCCGGACGACUCGAAGUUCCUGAUGAAGACUUUGAGUCAGAUCAAAUCCAACGUGGCUGUUCCCAUCAAGAAAAAGUAUUCCCCUGCCUUCCAGGUCAAAGAAAACAAGGAGAAGGAACGCCUGGAGAGGCGGCUGCUGGACGAGCUGUACAAGAUCUUCAUGGACUCCGACUCCUUCUACUACAGCAUGACCUACGACCUGACGAACAGCGUGCAGCGUCAGGGAGAUUCGGAAAAGUCCAACUUACCCCUGUGGAAGCAGGUGGAUGACCGCUUCUUCUGGAAUAAACACAUGAUCCAAGACAUUAUUGACCUGCAGGUCCCGGACGUUGACUUCUGGGUGAUACCAAUCAUCCAGGGCUUUGUACAGGUGGAGGAGCUGGUGGUGAAUUACAAUGAGACAUCUGACGAGGAGAGGAGCAGCCCCGAGACGCCGCCGAAGGAAAUCACCUGUGUGGAUGACAUCCAUCCCCGCUUCACCGUGGCCCUCAUCUCCAGACGUAGCCGCCACCGCGCAGGGAUGCGGUACAAACGGAGAGGCGUGGACACGGACGGCCAUGUGGCUAACUAUGUGGAGACGGAGCAGUUGAUCCACGUGCACAGCCACACUCUAUCCUUCGUGCAGACUCGUGGCUCCGUGCCCGUCUUCUGGAGCCAGGCGGGGUAUCGCUACAAUCCCCGACCACGCUUGGAGAAAGGAGAGAAGGAGACGAUGUCUUACUUUGGGUCUCACUUUGAAGAACAGCUUAAACUCUACAAGAAGCAGGUCAUCAUUAACUUAGUGGACCAAAGUGGCCGGGAGAAGAUAAUCGGCGACGCAUAUCUGAAGCAAGUCCUGCUUUACAACAACCCAAACCUCACAUACGUCUCAUUUGACUUCCAUGAGCACUGCCGCGGUAUGAAGUUUGAGAAUGUGCAGAUACUGACUGACGCGAUUUCUGAUAUCAUCACUGACAUGAAGUGGGCCUGGGUGGACCAAGCAGGAGUCAUCUGUAAGCAGGAGGGAAUCUUCAGAGUCAACUGCAUGGACUGUCUCGACAGGACCAACGUGGUCCAAGCUGCUAUUGCUCGGGCGGUGAUGGAGCAGCAGCUGAAGAAACUGGGUGUGAUGCCUCCAGAGCAGCCUCUGCCGUACAAGUGCUACAGGAUUUAUCAGGUCAUGUGGGCCAACAACGGCGACACCAUCAGCCGACAGUACGCAGGCACAGCAGCUCUCAAGGGAGAUUUCACCAGGACGGGGGAGAGGAAACUGGCUGGUGUGAUGAAGGACGGUGUGAACUCAGCCAACCGUUACUACCUGAACCGCUUUAGAGACGCCUACAGACAAGCGGUCAUUGAUCUAAUGAUGGGCUUGCCGGUGACGGAAGACCUCUACUCCAUCUUCAGCAAGGAGAAGGAGCAUGAAGAGAAAGAGAAGGAGAGCCAGAGGGGAGCACAGGAGCAGGUCAGCCUCCUGCUGCAGACCUACAUGCAGCUGUUGCUGCCAGAUGAUGAGAAGUUUCACGGAGGGUGGGCCCUCAUUAACUGCGACAUGAGUCUCAUUGAUGCAACCAACAAAGACGUGGAUGUGCUGCUGCUCCUGUCGGACAAAGCCUAUUACAUCGCGUACUAUGAUGAAGAGGCAGAUAAAGUCAACCAGUACCAACGGCUCAACUUGGAGGGUUUGGAAAAGAUCGAAAUUGGUCCGGAGCCAACUCUGUUUGGGAAGCCGAAGUUCUGCUGCAUGCGUCUGCACUACAGGAACGAGGAGACGAGUGGAUACUUUCACACUCUGAGAGCGGCGACGCGAAACCCUGAGGAUGACGGAAAAGAUACAUUGCAAUGCAUAGCUGAGAUGCUCCGCAUAACAAAACAGGCCACGGGGCUGGACCUGCUCGUGGUUGAAAAGAAGCUAGAGAGGCGGCAGAGUAAACCUCAUGAGGACAUAAUGGGGAUCCAGAACAAACCUGCCGACCAAGGCCAAGCCUCUGGCCUGGCGCAGGGCAAAAGUUUCCUCCUCAACAAGUUUUCCUCGCUCAAUCAGAAAGUGAAACAGACCAAGACGAAUGUGAACAUCGGCCCCUUCAAGCCCCUCGGCAAGCUGGGCACCUUCUCCAAGCCCGACGUGAAGGUCAAUUUCCUGAAACCAACUAUGCACGUCAACCUGUGGAAGUCGGACAGCAGCCUGGAGACGUCGGAUAGCAACCCCGGCGCGGGGGGCCUAAAAGACAUUGGGGGCGAGCGCUUUGAUAUCUCCUCUGACUCGGACUCCUACAACUCGGACCCGGAGCACCCGUGCGCAGGCUCCUUGGAAAACGUGGACUAUGUGCUGCCCAGCUGCGGCAUCGUAGCGUCCAACCCGCGGCUGGGCAGUCGCUCUCAGUCCAUCGGUAGCGUGGAGCUCAACAUCCCCUCAGUUAUCCGGGUGACUGGCUGUGAUGGGAAACAGGAAAGCCCCUCUCAAGUGAGCGACGACAAGUCUCCCGGGUCGGCGUCGGUGGCCGAAGAAGCCAUCCUGAUUGACUUUGGUACUCCAAUUGACGCCUACUGCCACCAGUUCGUCCAGGACGCGCACACCAAACCCGUCGAGGUGUUCGGAGAGCGGCCGCUGCCGGCCGUAGCUCCCCCCAACCCGGCAGCGUCCGUCCCGGCCGACUCCACCAAGCAGCCGAGCUCAGAGCAGGAGGAGCCCCAGCUCCCAAGGCCGUCGCAGCUAGACGUCCAAUCCUCUACCUCCAACUCCAACCUCCUCACCGUCCAGAAGCCCAGCUCUGCAGUCUCAGGAGGCUCUCAGAAGAGUCUGUCUUCACAGAUGGAGGGCAGCCUCGGCCCUUCCCCGGCCGACAGCAACGGCAGCCGAGUGGUGUCCCCCUUUGCCAAGAUCAAGAGCUCCAUGGUGCAGGUGGCCAGCCUCACCCAGGCGGGACUCACCCAGGGCAUCAAUUUUGCCGUGGCAAAGGUACAAAAGAGCCCGGAGCCGGACACCGUCAGCGAGGCCCAAGAGAGUGAGCUGAAGGCAAUGUUUACACAGUGCCAGACCAGGAUCAUUCAGAUCUAGUGCUUUCAUUGUAGCAGGAUUUUAUAGUCGUAUGUCAUGUAGAAAACUUCCUGUACGGUAGCAGUAGCGAAAUGCUUGCACAUAGCGUCACUCCUCGACCAAGACAUGUGCUCUUAGGUUUGCCCUUCAGUUAAACUCGCCCUCUUAAACGUUGACUCUUGUACAGAACUGACGAAUAUAAACCCCCCCAAGCCCCAACACGGCAGUGAGCAUGUUUACGUGCACAUGAUGAUGGACGCCCCUGAUUAGUUUUUGAUAUAAAUGACUCAUAGAUCUUUUGCCAUGCUACCUUGCACACCAGGGAAAUUGCAAUAAUGGUAAUAGCAUGACAUUUCUCAUGUAAAUGUCUACAUUAGAGUAUUUGGGCAAGUGUUUAGCGCAACCUCCAUCUAAAUCCUAACUCACUCCAGAAAUACUCCCUACUGUUUAAAUGUAGAGACAGAUUUCUUAUUCUCGUUAAGACGAGACUUAACUUAAGAGACAUAGAACUAAAAAAAUGAUAUUUAACUUUUUAAGACGUUUUAAAAGUCACGUACUUCCAGAGUGGUAUGCAGAGUAUUUUUUUUUUUUUUUUUUUGUGUAUGUAAACAUGUCACCGUCCUCAGUCUGAAGUUCUUUAACGAACCCGCGAUGCUUCUGCAUGUGAGGUUAAAGGGUAACAACUGACGGCGCAGAUAAGCGUUUCAGCUGCAUGUUGAAAGACCAACUCUGACUUUUAUCUUGUACUGUAUGUCAUCCUGUACGUGCAGGUCCACUUAUUGGCGUUUGUGAUAUGCUAGGCCUCGUAAUGAAAUAACCUUCGGUUUGUAUCAGUUGUCGUAGAAAUCCAACCAAAUAACUUUUUUUUUUUUUGGUGAUUCCCAAAGGACAGUUAGUUCUGUGUUAGAUAUAUUACCCUUUGUAUAGCUGUCGGAAACUAGCCAGGCGACAUAACCCUACGUAGUUUAUCCUAUGUAACUUCAGUGUUGUCAAGUGUAACUUAGAAGAUAAUACCGUUAAAGGAACAACAACUACACCUUUAAGAACCUUAAUCAGAGUAACCUGGUUGUCGAUAUGUACAGUGAGUAUUGUUAAUAUGUCCCUGAGUAGAGCUUUCUUCUUCUUCUUCUUCAGCUUUUUUUUUUUUUUUUUGUAUGGAUAAAGAGCUGGAAGCUAAACACGUUUGAAGAGUUAUGAGCAUUAUAUUUGGAAAAGAAGAAGCCCAGUGCUGACACUGCUAAAUAACCAGAGAGCUUCUGUUUUUUGUUUUUUUUUUGUUUUUUGAUAGAUACAUAUGAACUGAAAUACCUAUUCAAUUACAUGAGGGGUUUGUUUGAAUCUGAAUCCUCGUUCAGCGAUUGACACUGCAUGUUUUGACAAAGGCGGGAGAGUAGCAUAUAAUUAUGUCUAUAUGCAAUCGCACCAACCAAGUUAUUAGAAACACUGACGCUUUUAUGCACUCCCCUAAACUGAAAGCAUUUUUUUGCCUUAACAGGGAAUUGAAGUGGGAUUAUGUAUAUCAGGUAUUUAUGGCAAAAUCUACCUUUUUAAGUCCAUUCUUACGUGUUACAUUUGGUGUACUGUAUACGAUGUUAUGUCCAGGGUUACUGUAAGUCAUCACGCUUUAUCUUGGGAGAUUUCAUCCAGAGACUGGCACACGAACACACACAUAUAUACAUAUUUACAUAUUUCCUGUGUGGAAAUGAGCAGAUUUGAAGGAUGUAAAGUCAUCACUGCUGCUGCUGGUAUUUAGGAGUGUUUGCCUUAGAGUUCAAGCUGUAUUUAUAUGCGAUGAUGCUGUAAACGUGGUUUUAUUGUACAUGUUUUUUUUUUUUUCAUUAACCUCAAAAAACCCGUUAAUCUCUUCGUUGUGACCCCUUGUUUACGGGGCACAAGAAGAAGAAUCUAUGAACCAGUUUAUCCUGAUGCAUAUACUGUUUAGAAUAAAUAAUAGUCUGGACUGCUUUGAGAUGAAAUAUCCCAAGAUAACAGAUCACACGUUUCAUAUUUUGUGUUUUCUGCACUCAGCUUGCUCACCAGCAAAUAAGAUGUGGGACACUUUUUUUUUGUUUUUUGUGCACAGAUUAAUAGUUGUUAAAUAAGACUGUGGUCUUGGCUGCUUUGUGGGUUGCUGCUGAUUAAGUGUGUGGUGCUGCCAACGCUUUAAGGGCAUAGUCGUAAUGCAAACUUUUAAUGCAGAGGGGGUGGGAAAAAAAAUAAUAAAUAAAUAAAAAAUGUGUUUUAAACUUCGGGUCCAGGACACUGGAGCAGUUCUCACAAGCAGAGAAAAGAGGCUUAUUCUGUACUGAAAUGGUGUAAAUGUGUUAAGCUAAAAAAAAAAAAAACAUUCCUGACGAGAGACCACAACAACGCUAGGGAGUCAGUGUUUUAACUUUUUAUAUGCAGACACGCUGACAGUUGUAUUUGAUGCUGUAUUUGCUGGGUGAGAUUUAUUUUUGUUUCGUUUCUUUUGUCCUCACACCAAGUGCUUUUUGCAAUCGCCUCAUUUUUUUUUUUUUUUUGGUCUCCGGCCGUCCCUCCCUCCCUUUCUCCUUCCCUCCCGUUAGGAUCGCGACAAAACUAUCUUCUAGAGAUCGUCAAGCAUUUGAUUUGCACUGUUUCAAGCACAUUUUCUAACAUCAUUAGCACUGCUCCAUCUGAAUGUCUGUGGUCAUGUCUUUCCUCCUUACCAACUGACUGUUGUCAUCGUUUUCCACAGUGUAAUGAGAUUGUAUUGUAUAUUAAAGUAUCCUAUUUAUUCUU